AUGACCAGCGGGACCCUCCUGGCGGUGAGUGGAGAGGACGGCCGCCAAUCCACUAUCCCGCCAAACGGAGCCCGACAGCCGCACUGCAUCUGUGCGGACCGAGUCGUGGUCCCCCCUCUGGGCCGGAGGGGUGAUCCUGGUCCUCACCCCACAGCCACACCCGGAGGCUAUAUCACACCAGGCUGCGGCGUAGGCCCAAAACCCAAAUCCAAGAUGGCUGAAGCCACGAAUGGAAGAGCUGACCCACAGAGCCUGAAACAGAUCACUGAUCUGAGCCGCCCAGACACACGAGAGAACAGGCAGCGAAUAAGCACCACAGGGCCCCAAAUGGACAACUACCAUCAGAGGCCGAUGGGAGAAGAGGAGGGGAGACGCAAAAUAAACAACGCCGCGUCCCUCACCAACACACCAAACCACACCUCCCACCCAACGGUACCUCAGAAACAACCCCCCCCAGAUUACGAACAUGCAACAGGACUGUGA